AUGCAAGCUCAACCACCACCCAAACCCACCAAUGGUGCAGCAGCGGUUGAGAAUCUCGGACGUCUCGGCGCCAUCAUCGAACAAGAACUGAUCUACUGGGUGAGCUACCUCAGCACUCUCUCCAAAGACCAUCAACACUACGAAACCAUUUCAGCAGAGACCGUCACGCCGGAAAGCAGACGCAGAGCAAUGCAACACAUUCUCGAAACCCUCCCACUUCGCCACACAGCUUUGGCCAGUGCCUACAACGAUGAGAGUAUUGAUCACCUUGAACUUCCAGCAGCAUGUAGCGCUCUGCUUGAGCAGCUCAAGGACGAGGCUGGUGUGGUGGAUCUAGGAGAUUACUACGACUUCAAGCUGUUCAAGGGGAAGCGAUUCCGGCAGGAUGUGCUGGCGCAGGAGGCGGAGGUUAGUGAACUGGAGCAGGCUCGGCUCGGCGUGUUGCASGGCUUGAUGGUGACGUAUGAGUUGUUGAAGAUCUUGGAGGGGGAGAAUAUGUUGCAGAGCAAUGCGGUUCAGUUGUUGGUGGAGACUAUGGAUGCUGCUGGGUUGAGUGCCAAUUCAGCAGUGGCGAGUGGUGGCAACGCGAAGUGA